ACAGCUCCGGGCACUUGGACCCAGCUCUGUCACCAGCUCGCUGGGUGGCCUACAGCAGCCUGUGACCCGGUCUGGACCUUGGCGUCCAGCGCCGACCUCCGGAGUGCCUUUGCCCUCUGCAACGAGGGGAGGUGAUUGAGAGGGGCCCUGACCCCUUUCCCGCGGCCUUGCAUGGGCCAGUGGGCUGGGAAUGCUGGUAGGAAACACCUCCAGCUUCCACUUUCCGGGAACCGCAGGUUUCAAAGGCCCUUGUAAGCCUUGCCCAAACAGGGGGCACCGAAGUCAAAUUCCUCUCGGGGAGCCGGGGCUGCUGCAGACCUGGAGGGCAAUGCUGCCCUCUGCUGGUGUCUGGGAGACCUGUACUCCACAGCUGUGUAGUCGGGGUGGUCCGCUGGAGCUCCAUCUUCCUUCCAAGUCAGGGUUCAGCUUACUCGGGUGUGUGGAGGGGUCCCAAGGCAAGUGGUGCUAGGAAAAGCAAGGAGAUGGGCCGUCAGGAGACCUGAAUUUUCUCUAACCUGUUUUCCGAAGAUAAAGCCUUGGGUCUUCACCUCCCUUGGCCUCAGUUUCCCAACAGUGGCUGCUUCUCUUCUAGACGACGAGAGAGAACAAUCUACUGAAAUCUUGUGAGACUCACUUUGUAAACUGUUAACAGUAGUAAUCGUAGCUAAUAUUUUUUGAGUGCUUGCCCCCUCCAGGCAGUGUUCAAAGUACUCAGUAGCCAUUCUCUUCCUUAAUCUUCACAAAAAGGUUAUUGUUGACUACCACUUUACAGAUGAGGAAACUGAGGCUCCGUGACUUGCCCGGCGACAGACUGUUAGUAAGUGGGUGGAACCAGAACUGAUUCCAGGUGGCCAAUCUGAUUCUAGAGCCUGAAGCCUGUCACUGUGUCUUCCGCCAAUAUGUAUUAGCUACUAUUUGUUGAGCGCCUGCUGUGUGUCAGGGGCUGAACAAAAUUCAUCUUUAUAAUUCUCACCACAGGCCCAUAGGGAGGUGCUACUAUUAUUAUUUUUUACAGGGGAGGAAGUGGAGGCCCAGAGAGGUUGAGUAACUUGCCCAAGGUCACACAGCAGGAUGCAGGUGUGUCCAGCCCUAAUGCUGGGCCCAGACCUGUGUGCCCAAGUCUGGGUGCCCCAAAUCAGCUGGAGCCACUCACUGCCAAGGUGACUGGGCUGGACUUGAACAUGGGCCUUCCAGCUGGUGACAUCUCUGUGGUGGUCCUGAGGGCCUGAUGGCGGGGUAGCCAGCCUCAGGGAGCAGAGGCCGUCCAUCGCUCCCCUUGGUGGCUGUGGUUGGGGAUUGGCCCGGGGCAGGGCAGCAAGUAGGCAGCAGUUGCCACCCCUGAUUCACACCCAGGACUCUGUUCUGUGUUUUAGCCUUGACAUUCAGGGUGGUCCUUGUCCUCAGGCCCUGAGCCUGUUAGUAUUCUGUUAGUAUUCUCUGGAGAAAAGGAAACUUCUGUGCAGAUGAGUCAAAUGACUUGCCCAGGGUCAGUACUCCUAAGGAGGGUCGUAGCUCCUGGACACAGGCUGAUCUUUUCUUCAGACUCAUUUUGUUUUUCCUGGCAUCCCCACACCUAUUCUAAGGUUGCUUGACUGCUGGGUUGACAUCCCAGAGGGAUGUUAACCAGAUCACACCUCUUCAUUUGCAGCUGUGUUAAUAAGCCAGGGAGUGAACCAAGGCGGGUGCUCAGACCGGAGGAGUAAUGGAGAGGACUAGGGCUGUUUGUAGCUGGAAAGAAAGAGCCAGGAUGAGGACAUGCACUUGACUGAGUUUGCCCCAGCCCCCAGCCUUCCCCGACGCCUGGGCGCUGCCACGUGCGGGACGCCAUGGGCCUGCCGCCGCUGGGCCUGCUGCUCUCGCUGUGCUGCGUCUCAGGCCUGCCCUUCUACAACGGCUUCUACUACUCCAAUAGUCCCCACGGCUGGAACCCGGGCAAGGGCCAUGGCGAAGGCAUCUUCAAUGGAGUGAAGCUGGUGGUAGAGACGCCUGAGGAGGUCCUGUUCUCCUACCGUGGGGCCAACGUGACCCUGCCCUGCCGCUACCACUACGAGCCGGCCGUGGUCUCUCCUCGGCCUGUACGCAUCAAAUGGUGGAAACUGUCGGAGAAUGGGGCCCCGGAGCAGGACGUGCUGGUGGCUAUUGGGCUGAGGCACCGUGCCUUCGGAGACUACCGAGGCCGGGUGCAUCUGUGGCAGGAGAGGGAGCGUGAAGUGUCACUGGAGAUCCGGGACCUGAGGCUGGAGGACUAUGGGCGCUACCGCUGCGAGGUCAUUGAUGGGCUGGAGGAUGAAAGUGGCCUGGUGGAGCUGGAGCUGCGGGGUGUGGUCUUCCCUUACCAGCACCCCCAAGGGCGCUACCAGUUCAACUUCCACGAGGCCCAGUGGGCCUGCGAGGAACAGGACGCGGUGGUGGCCUCCUUUGAGCAGCUGUUCCGGGCCUGGGAGGAAGGCCUGGACUGGUGCAACGCAGGCUGGCUGCAGGACGCCUCUGUGCAGUACCCCAUCACGCAGGCCCGACACCCCUGCGGUGGCGUGGGCCUGGCACCUGGUGUGCGCAGCUACGGCCCACGCCACCGCCGCCUGCACCGCUAUGAUGUGUUCUGCUUUGCUGCUGCCCUCAGGGGGCAGGUGUACUACCUGGAGCACCCUGAGAAGCUGACACUGGCAGAGGCAAAGGAGGCCUGCCAGGAAGACGGUGCCCAGAUCGCCAAGGUGGGCCAGCUCUUUGCCGCCUGGAAGUUCCACGGUCUGGACCGUUGCGACGCUGGUUGGCUGGCAGAUGGCAGUGCCCGCUACCCUGUGGCUCACCCACGUCGCAACUGUGGGUCCCUGGAGCCUGGGGUCCGAAGCUUCGGUUUCCCAGACCCACACAGCCGCAAGUAUGGCGUCUAUUGCUACCGGCCACGCUAGCGCCGGGCUCCAGCUCUGUACUCACACCUACCCCAUCCCCUCAUGGGCUGUAUUUAUUGAGUAGUUCAUUUUCCCUUGCAGGUUGGGGCAAUUUUCAUUUUGUUUUUAUACUUUUCAACUUAAAAUUUUUUUAAAUACUAUUUUUUUUUGUAAAUCCCACAGAUCCUAGAUCUUCCCUUUACUCAGGUAGACACCCCAAGGCUCUCCCCCUCCACGAAUCCUCCUGCCCCUCUCCUCCAGGACACUUGAGGUUCAUGGGCUCAUGAGGGUGCUCUCUGCCAUUGCUGAGUCCAGCCCCUUUUCCCUGCCCCUGGGAGGCUGGCGCCCAGAGCUGGCAGUGGCAUGAGAUGCCAGGGCGUGUUGGCUGCAAUCCUCCCUCCGCCUCAGCCUGAGGGAGGAGAGGGCAUCCAGGGCGGCUGUGGAGCUGGGCUUUGGGCCUUGCAGCCUCCUGCCCCCUCGUACUUCUUUGGCAAGCAGUUGGCCCACAUCAGCAUGGCGGAGGAGCUAGGGCUGGAAGUGGGUCCCUGGGCUUCUGUGUGACAUCCCAGGGAAGAGAGAGACUUUCCUCCCCAUCUUUUCCUUUUCUUAGUUCCAAAUAGUCCAUAUUUUGUUCUCAUUUUUCCCUAUUUGGGGAGCAGCCCUCAGGUGUGUGUACUUUUUUUGGACAAUAAAUGGUGCUGUGAUCCCUUCCUCCACCCCGAGUCCCUGCUCUGGGUCUCACUCUUUAUCUCAUUCAGUCUUAGGGCCCAGCUCCCUGCCCGGUGGGAAUGGGGGACCAUUCUGUCCCAGACUUCAAAGGUCGACUGGGUCUGUCCACUGGAGUGGGUGGGAAACACCAUGGGCUGCACCUUUGGGCUGCCAUGGUCUGGCCUUGCCUGCCCUGGGGACACCCUGCCUCGGGGGCUGGCCUAGCAGCUGGAGGUGCUGGCUCGCUCUCCCACCAUCCCACUCCCGGCUGUGAGUCUGUGCGGACACAGCACAAGAGUGGGAGGUACCUCUCGGGAGACCAGAGGAAGCUGUGCCCUGCAGAGGGUCUUGGAGACCAGCCCUCUCUGUGCCUCACCUUCUGUCCCCACCGCCCCCCAUGUCAGCCUCAGGAAACCAGACCAUUUGCCUCUGCACAGGCACACCUCUGUCACCCACAAUCAGUAACUCACUCUAUCCUUCACGUAGCCCAGUGCUUCUCAAAGUGUGGCCAGCACCACCAGCUUCACCUGGGAACGUGUUCGAAAUGCAAAUUUCUGGACCCCACCCCUGACCUGCUGAGUCAGAAACUCUGGAGUGGGACCCAGCACAAGCCCUCUCGUUGCUGAUGCAGGCUCAAGGUUGAAAACUACUGACACAGUCGUGUUCCCAAUGAAUCAGUUAAUUAAUCAAUAAACUGCAUGAUUAUUGCGUUCCUCCUA